AUGAGUUCGCACUCUCCAGGGAAUUCCGCUCACAUAGGUUCUGUCCUAGUUGGAUGCACCGAAAAGUCACUCCCAUCAUUUGCAGGUGCUCGUAUGUUUAGCGACAGAGUGGCACAUGUUGGGAAUGUGACAUCCCACAGUGCUAUUCUCGAAAUGAACUCCACCGAACGGACCGUAACGAAGUGUCUGUUAUCUCGCGACGCUGGUGCACGACGUACUCUUGGCCAUGUAGUGGCACACACAGAAAACUCAACAUCCGCGCCCACCCCUGUAGAAGAAGCAAGAAGAUGUUGUUCAUCAAAUCGCUGUCCGUUGGUAAGCAAGUCGACGGUUACGAAGACGUUGAAUUUAACCAAUGUCAUAUGUUCGUGUUUUGUCUAUGAAAACCGAUUCUUGAUUUAUGUUGGCUCUCGCUCAUGA